AUGGCUAGACAAUUACCAUUUUUAGAUGAACUUAUCAACAGGCAGGAAUAUGGAAGCCAAGAAACCAUGGUUUAUCACAAGGCUGCUAACACUUCACACAUUCUUAGUUUCAACAUUUACUGCCAUACACCAAAAAUAUUUCGGAAACAGUUGAAGAACACAGUUUCUGAGAUCCGCAAGUGGGUAUCUCACAAUGUCCACAGACAAGUCAUGCAUUGCAAAGAUCGCCUGGAGCUGUAUGAGGAGUUUCCAUGGUUGAUGAAAUACCUCCCAGGCCGUCAUCAGAGAGUGUUCCGUGCUUUGAAAGAUGUCACCUCGUUUGCCAAGCAAGAGAUAGAGAAGCACAGGGAACUCCAAUCACGGCACGACCCACAAGACUUCAUUGAUUACUACCUUCUUCAGAUGGAGAAAAAAGUCCGCAGGGAAAUAGAAGAUAAGUUGGAUCCCACCCAGUCAGUCUGCUAUCAAGAUCGGGUGAAGCUCCCAUAUACCUGUGCUGUGAUUCAUGAGAUCCUCCGUUUGAAAUAUGUCUUAAUUGUUGGUGUCCCCAGGCAAAGUGCCAGAGAUGUGGACCUCAAUGGAUAUCACAUUCCAAAGGCUGCUGACAUUUGUGAUCCUAAUCCAGUCAUGAUGCUUAUGCUUUGUGUCUAUUUAUAUGAGCGACUUCCUCAGUAUUUACCUAAGAAAACACUAGAGUUCGCUGGCCAACUUCAUGCUACAAUUCUUAGAAAGAUACAGUUGAAAAACCCUAGCAUAAAAACUUUGGUAUACAAUGCUACAAUUUUAGGAAAAGAAUCCUCUACUUUUUCAUUACCUAAAGGAAAUACUGUCACAAUUCCCCCAAAGAGCCAAGUAAAAGUUAAUGUGGAAUUUACUAGCUGUUUCCUGUAUCCUGCUGAAGCUGUACUAUUGCUUGUUUCAAAAGCUUUAACCCCAGGAGGCUUUACAAUGGCUAUUUCUUUGAAGACAAAAAUUAACUCCGUCAAACUUAGUGGCAUAUUAAAAUGCAAAUCUUCAUGUUAUCAAUUGAAAAAAUAUAAUCUACAGGUUACUAGUCCAUUCAGAACUGAGGGGCCAUUCAGUGUCAUUUUAAUUGAAUCAACAAGUUGCAUCAUGGAUCCUGAGAUACUUGAUCACAUUAGCAAAAUAAGGCAAGGAAAAAUUAAAAGUUCUGAAGCAAAUUUCCCACAGGGUACACAUGAUGUGAUAGAUGUAUGUGGAAUAUAUAAUCAGGAGGAAAACUCCAGUGCUGGUAAAUGUUCUCUUUUUGGUUUCUUACUAGCUUUCUAA